AUAUAUGAAAUUCUAGAUCCAGUACCUGUAUAAUUUAUCAUAACCGAAAUAUCAUAUCCUUGGCAGUGUACUUUCGACUUGUUGUCAAUGCCUAUGUAAAUGAAAUCAAUAUUCACUUAAGUGUGAGCUCAUGUUUCAGUGCCUUAUGUAAUUAGAUGGGAUGGGAACUACGUUGUGAACUGUGGCUGUGUACUAGACCCAUUUGAGGAAAUUUGAAGUGAAUUGUAAUUGUUUUUUUUUUUUGUUAUCCGAUAUUUCGGAUAUCAGGAAAAUCAUCAAAUCAUUUAAAAGUUACUGGUUUGACUGGACUCAGAAGCAAAAAUCUGUGAAGUGGAUUUUAACAGUCACGAAAUAAAAACUUUCAGUGCUACUUAUAAUGGAGUACAAAACAAGAAUGAACGAAGUAAAUACGGAGUCGCUAGCCAGCACCCAACGCAUGAAAGCCUACUUGGAAGAAGCAGACGGCGCAGCUGUAGAAACUAUGGCUAACUUGGAAUCCCAGGGCGAACAGUUGCGACGCGUGGACAAAAGUCUGGACAGAAUAGACCAAGAGAUCAGAGUAGCUGACAGAAACUUAACACAACUGGAUAAAUUUUGCGGCAUGUGUCUUUGCCCAUGCAGAAGAGCGAAGAAUCUGAAAAGUUACUCAGAUACAGUAGAAAUCAAAUACGAGAAGAAAAAGAAAACUCAAAGUAGUAGUCCUAAAAAGAAAAAUGAGCCGAUGGAUAACAAUCAGAAUGGAUCAACAGCAAAUCGCUACAUCAAUCGAGUAGCAAAUGAUGAUAAGGAAGAUGAAAUGGAAGAGAACAUGGAGUCAAUCUCGGCCUAUUUAAAAGACUUGAAAGUGAAGGCGAAAGUCAUGGGCAAUGAAAUUGAAACUCAAAAUGAGACAAUUGACCAAAUAAAUGUGAAGGUGGCGAGAAAUAAGGAAAAUAUCGAAUUGUCCAACAAACACGCAUCUGAUGUUAUGGCUCGGUAGACAUACUGAAUUCAUCAGUUUGUUAGUUAAUCUUAAUUAUAGAAGCACAAAAUCAGCUGUCAUCUUCAAAGAAUCAAAUAAAUGGUCAGUUCAAUCAAAAGUGAUCUAAUCAAAAUCAGAAGUCUAAUGUCAUCUUUCAAUCAAUUUACUAUCUUACCAGGUGCUGAAGUCUUUCAAUCUUCCGCGUGCCUUCUUUUGUAUACAACUUUGAUAAUAUGUAGACAUGAAAUAAAACUGGUAUUUGGUUAGUAUGUUUUAGUACAUUAUACUUUUAGUUUUAAUUUUUGUAGGUAUUCUUCAGUCGAAAUUCAAUAUUUCAUUGGCAAAA